GGUAAAGUGCGCCCCGGUAUCCGCCCAUAUUCGCUUAAAGGAGGCCAACCUGAGCAGCUAGGCCGGACGCUGGAUCAAAUGGAAAGUUCAAUCGAUUAAUUUUACCCACUUUUUUUUUUUCCUCGCAUGUACCCUUGCUUUGCUUCUCGGAGGGGAAAACAAAAAAAAAGAGAAAAGACGAGGUAGACCGACGUAAAUGCGGGCGUUUCGGUGUGAAAUAGGAAAUGCAGAGAUCGUGUGAAACGAGAGGAUUAUCAGCUUGACUUCUUUUGGUCGCUACUUUCGGACGCGGAACUCCACUCGCUAAAAGGUGAAUCAUGACAGAGUAUAAGCUGGUAGUGGUGGGAGCUGGUGGCGUUGGCAAGAGCGCACUUACUAUUCAGCUCAUCCAGAAUCACUUUGUGGAUGAAUAUGACCCCACCAUUGAGGACUCCUACAGAAAGCAGGUAGUGAUCGACGGAGAGACAUGUCUGCUGGACAUCCUGGACACUGCAGGUCAGGAGGAGUACAGCGCCAUGAGGGAUCAGUACAUGAGGACAGGAGAGGGCUUCCUCUGUGUCUUUGCCAUCAACAACACCAAGUCCUUUGAGGACAUUCACCACUAUAGAGAACAGAUUAAGCGGGUGAAGGACUCCGAAGAUGUCCCCAUGGUGUUGGUGGGGAACAAGUGUGACCUCCCGUCCCGGACAGUGGACACCAAGCAGGCUCAGGACUUAGCACGCAGCUACGGCAUUCCCUUUAUUGAGACCUCAGCCAAAACCAGACAGAGAGUGGAAGAUGCCUUUUACACUCUGGUACGGGAGAUCAGGCUGUACCGGCUCAAUAAGCUCAGCAAGGAAGAAAAGACUCCGCGCUGUGUCAAGCUUAAAAAGUGUGUUGUGAUGUGAAAGGGGGCGUUGAUGAUGCCUUUUACACAUUAGUGCGAGAAAUCCGGAAGCAUAAGGAGAAGAUGAGCAAGGAGGGCAAAAAGAAGAAAAAGAAGUCCAAGACAAAGUGUACACUUAUGUGAAUAAUCACCCCUUUUCAAGACAGACUUAAAAAAAAAAAGAAAAAAAAAACUAUGUUGAACAGUUAAAGUAAUACAUUUUGUACAUUACACUAAAUUAUUAGCCUCUUUCUCAAUACCCACCAUACUGAAUACUAAACCUGACCCAAUAUCUCUGCCUUUCUGUUAUUUGCUACUCGGACACCAAUAAGCUUUAUUUUUUUCAGUUUAGUGCCAGUUGCCCACAUGUGUUGGUCCAACAGCCUGUUUUUUUUUUUUUUUUUUAUUUGAAUAGGAUGAUGUCAAUCUGAUUUUUUUUUUUUUCUCUAUAACGGCGGAGCUGUGAGCUAAUUGCAUCACAACUCAUGUAUGACAAAUUAUUCAUUAACAAUUUACUGUUUUUUUGUUUUUUUUUUCCUUUGCUUAAAAGGUCAUGACUUGCAAAAAGUUCUGUAAUGCCCUUUUUAAGUAUGGGAUGCCAAAGAAACGAGUUUUCAUCCCGAUUUUUACGUCGACAGUACAGAUAUGAAGAAAGGACCAACAUUCAGCCAGAUGAGAUCCAAAUGUCCCAGCCACUGUGUAAUUUCCCAUCUCUAAUGACCUCUAGGUAUGACUUAGUUAUGUCACUGAUAUAAGUAUGCAUGCAAACUCCUACUCUUCUCCGAAUGUUUUAACACCCUAAUUAGCUAUUAAUUAAUUUUCAAUUUGUCAAUGCUUUGUACUGUGUGGGGAGUGAUUUCAUGCCUACAUGAGACAUUUGUUUUUCUUCUUUCUUUUUGCAUGCGUUGUGUCCUUAAAGACAUGGGUAUUGCAAAUCUGCCUCUGGUUGAUGUGUUUUUGAAAAGAGCCAGCAACAAGGAACUCUGACCCAAGCGGACAUCAUACAGUUUUUCAGGUUUAUAUAAAGUAAUCAGUACUUGGUUUUUGUGAGAAGGAAAUCAGCCACUUCUUGCUUGAUUUAAUGACACAUUCAGAGAUCCAGAUUUUUUUUUUUUUUCUCUCUCCACCCGUUUUGUGAUAAUAUUAAAACGGGACUAACAGCCAGGUUUUGUGUUGGCCGUGCAGAGUCGGUUUAUGUUGCAGGGAUUCACGCCUCCUCACAAUCGAAUGUCUAACAGCUUUUUUUGACCUCACUGGUCACCUUUCCUGCUUUUUUUUCUCUUUACUGUAAACUUAUUGACUGCAGGAUCAUUUUUAAUUCAUCCUGACAAUAAUCAUUUCAUUGCUGCUUGUUACAAAACAAACUCUCCCUUCGACAUCCUCCUGAUUGAGGCUAACAUUUUAAUCUUUAUUCAAUGUUGCUAAAUUUGAGGAUUCAUGAUUCUUCAGUAGCCGUGGAGGUGUCAUGCCUUACACAUUUCCUAAGCUGUUGGCUCGUUCGCUUGCGACUAGCCAGAAAGCAGAUUGCAACUUUUUUUUGUUUUGUUUUGUGCUUUUUUUUUUUUUUUUUUUUUUUUUUUUAAAGCUGCUUUCAGGAAUAUUUCUCUUGGUGUGGUGUCACAGAGGUUGUUCCAUAUGUUGUCCAAAUGGAUUUUCAAAUUCUUCCUUUAGCAGAGCUUCUGAAAGAGUCUUUUAUUGCGGAAGAAUUUCCUAAAGUGUUGAAUCUGUUUUGGUGUACUGCCUUUCAACAGAAAUGAUUGUCCAGCAAAGUUAAUUUGUCAUUUUCUCUCUCACAAAGCUCGUGUAUCGUGGUGAUGUAACUGGAACUGAUGUUUGUAAAUGAGGCAAUAAUUUGCCAUAAAAUUGGUUUUUAGAGAAAAUUGUCUGAAUUUAUAUUAAAAAAAGGCCAAGUUUUCCUUCCAAGGUCAACACAUAAUUCACCAUUUCCAUCAUAUUUACACGCUGUUCCCCCGGGGAUUUUGUUUUGCCUUUUAUGUUUGCAUUAGGUGCUACAUUUAGACGGUAGAAAGAGCCGAGACAACAUUUGCUUUGUCCUGCGUGUGUGUGUGCUCGAGAAAUACACAAAAUGCUCUUUUAGCGGAGAGAUGUUAUUGACACAGAAAAUCCAGACAUGACACAUUUUUGCUUUCAGGAGUAAUGAAUUUUGACCCAAUUUAUUAUUACCUCUCUCUUUUUUUUUUUGUUUUCAUGAAGUAGAUAAUAACUGUUAAUGCAAUUUUAAUUAUGGAACCCUCUUGUUAACAAUACUGUUUCAAAAGUAGUUUUACUGAAAUGUUCCUCUUCCUUUAUUGCGUGCCAACAGCUGAUUUCUGAAAUGUAUCAUUUAUACCUGGAUCAUAUUUUAACAACCUUUGUAUAGUUGUGAUACUGAAAGGUGCAUAUUUUGUAAAUUGUGCUUCAUUUCGUUGGUGUGUCUAAAUGAAUGUUGCUUUAAUGGAGUUUCACUCCGCUCUGUGUAUGUGACUAGAGAGUGUGACUGGGUCCAGGUCUAGGGAAGUGAAUGAAUGACCACUUUACAACACACCUGUUGUGGGCAGUGUAGAGUGGUGAUCUGAUCUCAAAUGAGUCUAUUUUUUGCCAUGAAUCUCACCACUCCUAUUUAAUGUGUAAUAAAGAACAAAGUAAAGAGGAA